UCCUUUUUAUAGACAUUUGAUUAUGAAACGUGAAUGAAAUAUUAAUGUUUAAUAAAAUCGAAUUUUGCAUAUAAAAAACAUUUGAAAGUGAUUUACUUGCACAUACAAAAAUAUUGUUACUUAUACUAAUGCUAUAAUACUAGUUAAAAUUCUCAAAUUACUACAAAUCCUUGAUUAUCCAGAUAAUAUUUGAUUUUUCUUUUUUACAACUCUCAUUAUUGAAUAACGAUAAACUCUUUGUUAAAGAAAAUGUUCUUAUUAAUUUGCGCAGACUCUGUAUCGAUGAUUUGAACUGUAGCCUCAUUUGCAUAAAUACUGGGAAAAAAGAGUCUCUUUUGAUACACGCACAUUUCUCACAAAUGACCCUGAUCGAGUUAAACAGCGACCGCGCAUAAAUUAAAAAGAAUCUCAAUAUUUGUGUCCGCCGCGUGCGAAUACUUUUGGAGUCGUUCCCGUUGACAAAUGUGCCUCAUGCGCGCGGGGAAUAGCCCAGAGUAAUAUCGCGUGCGUACUAUAUAACAUAUAUACACAUUACAUUGUGGACACGAGCUACGACGACGCGAACUGGAAAGUCCGCCGCUCGCGCGGCGCAAAAAUUAGCGGAUUUAAUUAUUUUUUUCUCCAAAAAGUCGGAAUCCCUACUCUAUAUUUGGAAGCUAAUAUAAGACGUUACUUUUUCGAAAAAACUACGUUAGUUCGAGCGUAUCCUCUCCGCGGUGACGAUAAAGCUAGAUGCCAAAAAAAAUGUUCAAGUUCAUCGUCGCUCUGUUCGCUCUCGCAGCUGUGGCUCAAGCACAAAUUUUCCCCAAUCAAGGCAACUUAUAUAACCCGCAACAAGGACAAUUUUACAAUCCCAAUCCACAAGGUGCGAAUCACUUUGCCAAUCAGCAGUUCGGUGUGAAUCCGUAUCAACAGGGUCACGAUCAGCACCAUCACGAUCAUCAUGUGAGCCCUCACCAUCACGAUCAUCACGUUGACGUUCUCGAGCAUGAUCAUCAUCACGGACACCACGAGGAACCCCAUCACCAUCACGGACAUCACGAGGAUGUUCACCACCACCAUGGACAUCACGAGGAGCCUCACCAUCAUCAUCACGUCGAAGCCCUAGAUCAUCAUCAUCACGAUCAUCACGAGCAUCACGUCGAGCCUCAUCACGGACACCACGACCACCACCAUGGUAAUCAUGACUAUCAUCAUUAA